GGUUUCAUGAGUGCGCUCAGCAACAGCAGAAUUCCACUUUUGGAAGUGGUGCAAGCCCAGUUCUAGAUUGCUGGUGACACUCAAGAGAAUCUGUAAUAUCACCUAGAACUGGGCUGCUGCUUGCAUCUGUGUUCAACAGGACUGAACAAUGCCUGAUUCCGCAUGAUGCCAGGCCAGCUGGACAAAGGGGGGGCAAAUGGUCUACCUCACCACUGGUGCCACCAGCAGGUGGGGCAUGGACCACGAUAAGAGGCCCGACGCAAACGCUGAAAGGUUGAUGAUAUGCUGCGCACAUACUAGCUGUAAGGAUCAGCGCGGUCAGCCAUUGGCAAUUGGCGUUUUCCCACUAUCGUACCCAGUGUCAAAGCAGUCUGCCAGCAGGCCUUUGCCAUUGGAUAUGUGCCAGCCCUGACGCCAGCGAACAAUGCACUUGAAGAAGCAAAGAGCUGCGUCGCCCAGCACCUAGUGUUCCCUGUGAAGCCACAUUGACACCUGGCCACAGAUUGCCACAAUUGGUCAGUGCAGUUGGCAUCAGCUGCAGCCCAGGUUCCGAGUUGACAGCAGGUUGACAGCAGCCAAGCCUGAGCCCUUGCAAAAGAUAGCUUUGCAGUCUGCAUCGUUUCAGGCUUCCUGUCUUCAAGCAAAGGUGCUCUCAUGGCAACCACAUCACAGCAUCCCCUGCGUCCAUUGUUCCUCAAGGCAGGCGGAUGCAGGCUGGCCAAGGCUGCUAAUUGGAGCUCUGGCAAAACCAGUCCAGCUGCUUAUCAGCUGGUGCACCCAGUCAACACUCAGCAUUUUCCUUCCUUUCGUCCAAGUCCGGUCCCUUCUCCUCAGCUCGGGGUCUCUGUGAAAGGACAUAGAGCUCAUAGUUGUUCAGUAUUGUUUCUUACUCCUGGAUCCUCGCGCUCUACGGGCCAGCAUCGUCUGCCUUCCUGCACGGCGGAGGGCAUCAGGGACCGAAACACGGCCAGCGAACCAGAGCCUCAGUCCAUAUUGAACCUGCCAACAUGCCUGACCCUGGCAAGGGUACUUGCGGUACCCCUGCUAGCCGCUGCAUUCUACUCUUCCCACUCCUGGGCCACACCUCUCGUGCGUUCCAGCAUCUUUGUUGCUGCCGCUCUGACAGAUUGGCUCGAUGGGUACCUAGCUCGCAAGAUGAACACUACAUCUGAAUUUGGCGCCUUCCUAGACCCGGUGGCUGACAAACUGAUGGUGGCCGCAGCCCUGGUCUUGCUGUGUUCCCGGCCAGCCACGGUGAUCACAGGUCCUGCCUGGAUACUCACGCUGCCUGCGAUCGCAAUCAUCGGAAGAGAGAUUACAAUGUCUGCCCUUCGAGAGUGGGCCGCGUCACAAGCAGGAGACGUGCACAAAGCCGUUGCAGUGAAUGCUCUUGGUAAAUGGAAAACAGCAUCGCAAAUGGUGGCCCUUACCAUUCUCUUAGGUCUUAGCGAGGAGUUGCCAUCUUAUGUAGCCCUCCUUGGUGUUUCGCUUUUAUACAUUGCUGCAGCGCUAGCUCUCCUCUCGCUAGGAAUCUAUUUCAAAGGGAUGUGGUUUGCUUUCUCAAGAUGUAGAUGAGACUCCUAUAGCGGCUUCAGCAACUUGUGCUGAUUGUGUUCAAGUUCGUCUUUCCACGUAGCCGAAUGUUAUCAAAACGUCGAUUCACCACACAUGCAGCAAGAAUUGAAUCUUAUUAGAAUGACAUGCGUCGCAUAUUGGCUUGCCUCUUUUUUACGUAGUAAAACGGCAAGUUGUAGUUUUACUGUAAAAUCCGGGCUGUACGACGUGGCAAUCAGCUGCUAGGGUGGCCAGUAUGAGGAGUUUGUCAGAAGUUGAUUGCCCCGUGUUCGACAACAAAACGUACAGUGAUUCUGGAAAUUGGGCCAUGCAUACCAG